UUUUUUCAAACUCAGAAACUUCGAAUCACUUUUCGUUUUGUUUCAAACUCUGUUUCGUGUCUCUUUCUCACUCAAAGCUGCAAAACAAACAAACACCUCCUUACUCCUUUCUCUCUCACUCGUUCUUUCUCUCUCUAGGGUUUUGGAGUUCCAACUCCAUCACGGAGUGUUCGAAGCGGAAAUUCUAGUAGGUAGGUUUGGUGAAAGAUUACAGGUAUUAGCAUAUGUAGGUAGUUGUGGGUUGUUUAAAUUGCUGUGGUGGGUGUGAAUGUUGCUUGGUGGUGUAUGAUGACGAUUUCUCUGGACUUGAAUGCGUCUCCUGUUCCGGAGGAGGAAGAUGAAGAUCCUUUUGAAAGGCAGGUGGAAGAGUAUGAUGUGCCAGAAGAAAAGUAUAACGCGGUAGAAGAGCGCAUAGAAAGUGGAGCUGAUAUAGCACGGCGGGAACGUGAAGAAAGAAAAAAACGGUUGAAAAGAGAACGUUCAGAUGACAAGCCUGUGCAAGCAUCACAGCCACCUGGAUAUGAUAACUUUUUCCAUAAUAAGAUCCUUAAAUCAUAUGAUAGAAGUAAGCUUCCACCAGGUUGGUUGGAUUGCCCUUCAUCUGGUCAGGAAAUUUUUGGCAUGAUACCUUCAAAGGUUCCAUUGGGUGAAUCCUUCAAUGACUAUAUUUUUCCUGGUAAAAGAUACUCAUUUAAACAAGUGAUACAUCAACAGAGAGUUUUAGGGAGAAAACUUGGUCUGGUCAUUGAUUUGACAAAUACUUCUCGAUACUAUCCAGUAUCAGACCUAAAGAAAGAGGCUAUCAGGCAUGUUAAGAUUCAAUGCAAGGGCCGCGGUGCAGUACCUGAUAAUUCAUCUGUUAAUCAUUUUGUCUACGAGGUUAUACAAUUUCUAUCUCAUCAAAAACACUCAAAGAGGUAUAUACUUGUUCAUUGUACACAUGGUCAUAAUCGUACAGGAUAUAUGAUAAUCCAUUAUCUAAUGCGCACAAUGUCAAUGUCUAUUACUCAGGCGAUAAAAAUGUUUUCUGAUGCGCGCCCUCCAGGAAUAUAUAAACCUGAAUAUAUUGAUUCAUUAUAUAAAUUCUAUCAUGAAAAAAAACCUGAAAUGAUAGUUUGUCCUCCUACUCCUGAGUGGAAGAGGACUCCCGAACUCGUUGAUCUCAAUGGUGAAGCAGCUCCAGAUGACGAUGAUGAUGAUGAUGGAGUACCAGAUCCUCAGUUGCAUGAGAACCCUGAGAUCAACACAAUAAUGACAAAUGAUGAUGUUUUAGGAGAUGAGAUAUCUAAUGAUCAGCAAGAUGCAUUUCGACAGUUCUGCUUUCAAAUACUCAAAUUAGGGGUUGGGGCCAGAGGACGCAUGCAAUUUCCAGGGUCACACCCAGUUUCUUUAAACAGGGAUAAUUUACAGCUGUUACGACAGCGUUACUACUAUGCAACAUGGAAAGCUGAUGGAACAAGAUAUAUGAUGCUAAUAACUAUGGAUGGAUGCUACUUGAUUGAUAGAAACUUCAAUUUUAGAAGGGUUCAAAUGAGGUUUCCUUGCAGGGUUACAAAUGAUGGCUUGGCUGAGAAGACUCACCACUUCACAUUACUUGAUGGGGAGAUGAUUAUUGAUACAUUGCCAGAUUCAAAAAAGCAGGAAAGAAGAUACCUAAUAUAUGACCUGAUGGCAGUCAACUUUGUUUCAGUGAUAGAGCGACCCUUCUGUGAACGAUGGAAGAUGCUUGAGAAAGAAGUGAUUGAACCCAGGAAUCAGGAACGGUAUCAGGGAAAAAAUCCUUACUAUAGAUAUGACAUGGAGCCUUUCAGGGUGAGGAGGAAAGAUUUUUGGUUGCUGUCUACUGUUACAAAACUUUUGAUCGAAUUCAUUCCAAAACUCUCGCAUGAUGCAGAUGGUCUCAUAUUUCAGGGAUGGGAUGAUCCUUAUGUACCUCGCACUCAUGAAGGUCUCUUAAAAUGGAAAUACGCUGAUCUGAAUUCAGUUGAUUUUCUCUUUGAGAUAGAUGAUGACUGUCAGCUGCUUUAUCUCCAUGAACGUGGAAAAAAGAAACUCAUGGAAGGGCAUAUUGUUGCAUUCGGAGAAGGUUCAGAUCCUGUACCUUAUUCAGGAAAGAUCAUCGAGUGUGCUUGGGAUGGAGAUAAAAAUGAAUGGAUAUUCAAGCGAGUCAGAACAGAUAAGUCGACUCCCAAUGACUUCAAUACUUACAAGAAGGUGAUGCGAAGUAUAAAAGACAAUAUCACAGAGGAUGUCCUGUUGAAUGAAAUAAAUGAGAUAAUCCGCCUUCCCAUGUAUGCCGACAGGAUUAGAAUUGAUAGCAAAGCACAUCACCACUCUAAUACAGCUAGGCGAAGGUAAUCAAUAAGGAACUUGUGGUCUGCAAAAUUUUCUCUGGUGGGAAAAACAUGUCAGAAGUGUACAUCUGUUGAAAGCUAGAUCAAAGGGAUCUACUGAUGGUCUGCAAAUGGCCAUCAUUCAAAGGUUCAUCAUAUCAAGUAAUUAGUUAACUAUUAGUUAGCUAUUAGUUAAUGCAGGUAUUGGUACCGCUCAAAUUCAAGCCUGGAACCAUUUCCUGUGGUUAUCUAGAUGAUGACUUAGGUAUAGGAUCUCAAUGUAUAGUACCUUACAAUUUUCUUUGUUAAGUAGUGGUUAUAAUUUGUUGAAAGGGUAGUUGUUUACUAGAUUCAAGUUUCAUUACAUUGGUAAGAAUCUUCCCUGUAUGUGAAUAUUAAAUUGGGGAAGUUCUAACAAAGCAUUUGAUUAUCUCCAUUGUAGAAUUUAUUCUGCAUUUACCUCUCUUUAGUGUAAGCUGAUGUUUAGAUGAACUUAUCAAGUCACUGUGGCGCAUUAUCCUCAA